AUGCCGUGGCUCGGGUGGUUGUUCGUCUACGCUUUCGCCCUCUUCUUCUUUUCCAUCAGUCGGUGUCUGGCUCUACCGGCGCUGCUCGAUAUGUACGGAAGCCCGAAGGACAAUACUGUAGUCGUGAGGGCCUUGGUGUUGAGCGUUGGCUUCCUGGAAGACGUCGUCUGCGCCACUUAUUUUGCAACGAUACUGUGGUUCUUCGACACCGUUCGAAGCUCGUUGGCAAAGCGCGCUUGGGCAUCGAAUGGAAUGGCAAUCAGAACGGCUGGAGCAAUAGCAGCGUUUGUGAUCUCGUGGCUGUUGUGUUUUGUCGUGAUAGCUCCACCCGUCACGGACCUGAUGCUCGUCGUGUACAAGCAUAUGAGGUUCUCGUUUGGCUUGUCGGCUACAUUGUUUCGAGAGAAAGACCAUCUCAAAGCUGCUCCGAUUUCUACUCAGGAAGUCUACGCAGCUUACGGGACUGCAGGGUUCCUCGUUGUUAUCGCCACCUUCUUUGCACUUGUGCGUGUACUAAGUAGCUGGGCUGACCUAGCAAUGUGGAAUCCGACGCAACUUUUGCAAGCGCCAGUGCGUUUCAUGAACUCGAAAGCCAGUGAGAACACUUCAGCAGCGAAAUCGGCACGGGGCGUGAUGUAUGAAGCAGUGGCUCUGGAGGAUGAAUUUGUUGAUAGCCCUGCUGAUGCAGAGACCACCGAAACCGUCUCGCCAUCGAGUGGUGAAAGCGUGCAACGAAGAGUUAAGUGCUACUAUGCUCUGCGAGCUACUACCGUUGUCUUGGGACUUGUGGUUCUCCCGUCGAUGGUAAUGGUACUUUGUAGUGCGUGCUCCCCUCUGGUCGCAUAUGUAGCGCUGAAUGCAACGCUGAACGAGCUGUUUAGGCAGGCGUUUCAGCCUUCCCUCAUAUACGUGGAGCCUACAAAUGUCAAUGGCGAGCAGCCGUGGACAGAGAAAUACAUCGAUGCCACAGAGCUGCAUGAGCUUUACGGAAACAACACAUUGUACCGACGCACUUCGGGCUUCCAAGGUGACCUGGCGUUCAACGUCAGUGUCGACGCCGCCGAUCCGCCGAACGUGCUGAUCAUUGCAGUCGAGUCGUUUCGGUUUCGCGAUUCGCGCUAUCUCGUGGGCGAAGAGGACCCGUCGGACUUGUUCAAGAGCACGAACAUGACGAUCACUCCGAACUUUGAUCGAUGGGCAAGACGCGGCGUGGCGCUACGCAAUAUUUGGUCGAGUUAUCCCACAAGUCGCUCGUUGGAAAGUAUCCUGUUUGCACAGGUUCCUUACCAAAGCAGUGUAAAGACUGGUAUCACUGGAGGAAGGAUGUUCACAGAGCUUUCAGGUGUGCCGCAGCUCUUCGCCGGGAAAGGGUAUGAGACGUUUUUCACCACAGGAUCUUCUAUAACCCUGGACGACUGGACUACAUUUCUCACGUACCAUGGCUUUCGUACCGUGUGGGAAGUCAAUGAAAUGAAAGCGUUGGCAGAGCAAAAGCUCGGUAUCCGUCGCCGUGACUGGGAAGGUAACGAAAAGCGAGGAUUCUACUGGGGCGUUCACGACGAUCUUAGUUUUAAGCUUCUGGGCGAUUUAUUUGUGGAAAAGAAACAAGAACAGAAAGAGAGGUUGGCUCGAGGAAAGUCGAAGCUGCCUUUGUUUCUGACACACUACACUAUCUCGAGUCAUGGGCCAUUUGAGUGGCCGAAAUGGUAUGAGGAUGCCGACAAGCCUGAUUUCACCGAGUUGCUUGUAGGAGAAAAGCACACGGACAGAAUCGAAAGUUACAUGAAUGUGAGGUACUUUACUGAUAUGGAGUUGGGUAAAUUCAUGGACCGUAUGGAGACGGAGGGUAUACUUAACGACACUAUCGUUGUCAUCGUUGGGGACCACGGUCAAGGACCUGAGAAUAACUUCCCGAACUCAAUGGAGGAGUCGAUGACACGUGUGCCAGCUGCCAUCAUUGCCGAGGGCCGACUCGGUGAUGAUGUGGGGACAGUGAUUGAUGAUGCUGCAGAGCAUUACGACCUUCUCAACACGCUUGCCGAUAUCACGGGAUUGCCAGAGGGAGGGUUGCAGCAAGAUGGCGUCGGGCGAUCUCUUAAACGCAAGAUCCCAUUUGGUAAACGAGCAGUGUACAGUAACGAUCCUUUGCGAAGAAUGUCCAUUGUCCGUGGUCAUCAGCGUCUCCGAUAUGACGAAGUGAGCGAGGGUAUGAUGCUGCAUGACACUGAGACUGACUACCACAUGACUACGGAUUUACUGCCAAGUCUGACCGCCAAGGAGCUGGCUGAAUGGAUAGCUAUGCGAGACGAUGGUCGUCGCAUUGCUGCUUACUACAAAAAGCGCUGGGAUGAAGAUUGCUUGCUUGCUGUUGAGUGCAACCCCUGA